AUAAGAAAACUAAAUUUAUGGUGUUUAGUGGUGCAAGGACAAAUUGUGAAGCAAAAUUAAAGUUAAAUCAAGUGGAAAUUGAUAGAGUUAAUGAAACUAAAUUCUUGGGAAUAAUAAUUGAUCAUAAACUGUGUUGGAAACCGCAUAUUGAAUAUAUAAAAGGAAAAAUAUCCAAAUCUAUUGCUAUUCUUUAUAAAGUAAGACACAUGCUGAAUAAGACAUGCCUGCAUAUGUUGUAUUAUUCUUUUAUUUUUCCAUAUUUAACGUAUUGCGUUGAAAUUUGGGGAAAUGUUUAUAAAACAAACAUAGACCCAAUCAUAAAACUUCAAAAAAGGGUCAUUAGAAUAAUACACAAAGCCUGCUACUAUGAACAUACCAAUCCUUUAUUUAUGAGUUCAAAUGUGUUAAAAUGUUCCAACAUUGUGUUUUUAAAAACAAUGGAAAUGAUGUUUGGAGUAAAGAACAACAGCCUUCCAGCUUGUAUUCGCAGGCUAUUUCAUUUAAGAGGAGAAAACUAUCAUUUACGGGGGAUAUCGAUUUUUGAAAUGGGUAAAGCGAGAACAAAUAUAAAAUACAAAUGUAUUACAGUUUUAGGAGUUAAAUGGUGGAAGAAGCUCAGUGAUGAGCUGAAGACAUGCACUUCUUUGGUAAGCUUUAAGAAAACAUUGAAAGGUGAAAUAAUUAAAAAUGAUAAAAUAUAGUCACAAUUACUUUCAUCCCAUUGAUUUUUGAUUUAUUUAUUUUUUUAUAUUGAUGUUCCAGGCAAUCUAAUUUUCUGUGAAGGUAUAGGAUAGGCAAAUAUAAGCUUUGGCUUCAGCCUAUUCCUUUUUUGGUCAUUCUUUUUCUUUUCUUUUAUGUGUAAAUGUUCAUUAUUGUAUACAAAUAACAUGUACUGUAAAACUGAUCACACACAAUGGUUGAUUGAUUUGAUUUGAUUGAUUAUACGACCGAAAUAAACUUAUUUCAUUCAUUCAUUCAUAUACUAUAUAUAUAUAUAUUAUUUAUAUACAUAUAAAUAUGUAUAUAUUUAUAUGUUGUUUAAACAUCAUCGCCCAAAUUGGCCCAAAAUGCUCAAUCCAAACCAAAAAUGGCUGACUUCCUGUUUGUUUGCAAAGACGAGUUGUUUUUUGUGCGUCUUUCCAUCACAGACAUCUCCACCUGUGAAAUAAGUCUGUUCUCUUCAUGAAUGUAUUCUUUUUAUUAUGUCUUUUUAUCAUUUUGUUGUUGGAAAGGGAGGUGUCACUAUGAACACUGAAAGCAGAUCUGAGCAUUGUGACUUUUCUUGAUGGACAGCAGGAGUCUCCAAGUCAUCUUAGCUCAGCAUGGACCACAUCCUCUGCUAAAAUCAUGGCUAGAUAACUUACAAAUAAAGACAACUUCACUUUCUUCACUUCCUUCUACUUUGGCCAAAAAUCGAACAAGCACAUUCUAAAAAUGUACACAUUACAAAUAUUCCCCAUGGCAAAACACUUCUGAGGAAAACAUGAUGCAGUUCCACAAAGUUCCACAAAGUUCCUGAAGAACACAAUGAACUAGGACCUUGGCCGGGUCAUUUAAAUGAUCAAACCAUUCAACUUUAGGCACUUCCUGUUUAGCAUUCUCACACCGGCAGUUCACCAUCAAGACGUGUUUGGAAAAGCAAUCGAAUGUUUUGUCAAACUGCCGCACUGGUGACAUCUGCAACUGCCACGACACAUCCACUUAUUGUCAUUGAUAUAUCAAAUAUUACAAUUAUGACCCUGCCUUCCGCCCGAUUGUAGCUGAGAUAGGCGCCAGCGCCCCCCGCGACCCCGAAAGGGAAUAAGCGGUAGAAAAUGGAUGGAUAAAAACACAUGGGAAAACUCAAUUUUAGACAAUAUGAUAUGCCUGAGUGGUUAGGAGACACUGAGAGUAACGUAAGGUAGAAAAUGGAUAAGAGAGGUCAUAUUUUCAAAAAUAAUAAUACAAAAAAUAAAAUAAAAAAAUGGAAAAAAAAUUUUUUAACUUGAGACUUCCUGCGGGCCAGAUUUUGGACGCUGGUGGGCAUUCUUAUGUCGAGAAGUUCACCAUUAAAGACGUGUUUGGAAAAGCAAUCGAAUGAUUUGUCAAACUGCCACAUUGGUGACAUCUGCAACUGCCACGACACAUCCACUUAUUGUCAUUAAUAUACCAAAUAUUACAAUUAUGAUGAAAACACAUGGGAAAACUCAAUUUUAGACAAUAUGAUUUAUCUGAGCGGCUAGGAGACACCGAGAGUAACAAACGGUAGAAAAUGGAUUAGCAAGGACAGAUUAAAAAAAAUUAUAAUAAAAAAAAAUCAUUAAUUUAAAAAUUUUUUGAACUUGAGGCUUCCUGCGAACCGGAUUUUGGACGCUGGCGGGCAUUCUCAUGUCGGCACUUCACCAUUAAAGACGUGUCUGGAAAAGCAAUCGGAUGUUUUGUUUUUGUGACAUCUGCAACUGCCACAACACGUCCAUUUAAGAUCAUUAAUAUUUCCAAUUCUACAAUUAUGAUAAAAACAAAUGGGAAAAUGCAUUUUUAGACUAAAGGAUUUCCUGAGCAGCUAGGAGACACCGAGAGUAACAUGUGGUGGAAAAUGGAUUAGAAAGAACAUAUUCUAAAUAAUAAUAAUUACAAAUAUAUAUAACGGUAUAUACUGUAUAUAUAUUUCCAAAGCUUGGGACGUUCCGCGGGCCGGAUUUUAGACGCUGGUGGGCCGUUUCCGGCCCACGGACUGUGGUUUGGGGACCCCUGAUUAAAAAUAUAAAAUUUCCCCCCUGGGCUGACAUUCUUGGUAACUGCUGACUUUUCAUUCAACUUAAAGUAGCCAAAAAUGUAAAACUAGUAAUCAACAUAAUAAUGGGGUCACCACAGGCAGGUUACUGACUUCCUGUCAGUAGACGGAGCCCCUCCUCCUCCAAGCCUUGGUCGGGCAGGAAGGGGCGUGGCCGCCUGACUAGCAGCCCCUCCUCCUCCAAGACUUGGUCGGGCAGGAAGGGGCGUGGCCGCCUGACUAGCAGCCCCUCCUCCAAGAAUUGGUCGGGCAGGAAGGGGCGUGGCCGCCUGACUAGCAGCCCCUCCUCCUCCAAGACUUAGUCUGGCAGGAAGGGGCGUGGCCCCCUGACUAGCAGCCCCUCCUCCUCCUCCUCCAAGACUUAGUCUGGCAAGAAGGGGCGUGGCCGCCUGACUAGCAGCCCCUCCUCCUGCAAGACUUGGUGUGGCAGGAAGGGGCGUGGCCGCCUGACUAGCAGCCCCUCCUCCUGCAAGACUUGGUGUGGCAGGAAGGGGCGUGGCCCCCUGACUAUCAGCCCCCCCCAGCUCCAACAGCAUCACUUGGAGAUGGCUCUGCAGUGGAUCUACAUCCUCACACUGCUCUUCUUGGACCACAAAUCCACCGAGGCGGCCACCCACACCCUGAAAGAAGGGCAGAGUUUUGCCAUCGAGUGCGUGCCCUCCGAGACGGGCAGCAUGGUGGUCUGGUUCCGGGUGCUGGACAGGUCGGGCAUGGACUUCAUCGCAUCUUUCUCCAACCAGGGCAUGAUGAAGGCCAAGGGCGCCUCGUACUCCAGGACCUUCGCAGGUGAAAAAGUGGUCAACAACAUCCUGACCUUGGCUUCCUUCAGCAGAGAAGGUGACAGCGGACUUUACAGCUGCGCCUCCCUCAAGAGCAACACACUCAUGUUUGGUGCCGUCACGCGACUGCUGCCAGGUGAGUUGAGCAACACACUCAUGUUUGGUGCCGUCACGCGACUGCUGCCAGGUGAGUUGAGCAACACACUCAUGUUUGGUGCCGUCACGCGACUGCUGCCAGGUGAGUUGAGCAACACACUCAUGUUUGGUGCCGUCACGCGACUGCUGCCAGGUGAGUUGAGCAACACACUCAUGUUUGGUGCCGUCACGCGACUGCUGCCAGGUGAGUUGAGCAACACACUCAUGUUUGGUGCCGUCACGCGACUGCUGCCAGGUGAGUUGAGCAACACACUCAUGUUUGGUGCCGUCACGCGACUGCUGCCAGGUGAGUUGGGCAACACACUCAUGUUUGGUGCCGUCACGCGACUGCUGCCAGGUGAGUUGAGCAACACACUCAUGUUUGGUGCCGUCACGCGACUGCUGCCAGGUGAGUUGGGCAACACACUCAUGUUUGGUGCCGUCACGCGACUGCUGCCAGGUGAGUUGAGCAACACACUCAUGUUUGGUGCCGUCACGCGACUGCUGCCAGGUGAGUUGAGCAACACACUCAUGUUUGGUGCCGUCACGCGACUGCUGCCAGGUGAGUUGAGCAACACACUCAUGUUUGGUGCCGUCACGCGACUGCUGCCAGGUGAGUUGAGCAACACACUCAUGUUUGGUGCCGUCACGCGACUGCUGCCAGGUGAGUUGAGCAACACACUCAUGUUUGGUGCCGUCACGCGACUGCUGCCAGGUGAGUUGAGCAACACACUCAUGUUUGGUGCCGUCACGCGACUGCUGCCAGGUGAGUUGAGCAACACACUCAUGUUUGGUGCCGUCACGCGACUGCUGCCAGGUGAGUUGGGCAACACACUCAUGUUUGGUGCCGUCACGCGACUGCUGCCAGGUGAGUUGAGCAACACACUCAUGUUUGGUGCCGUCACGCGACUGCUGCCAGGUGAGUUGAGCAACACACUCAUGUUUGGUGCCGUCACGCGACUGCUGCCAGGUGAGUUGAGCAACACACUCAUGUUUGGUGCCGUCACGCGACUGCUGCCAGGUGAGUUGAGCAACACACUCAUGUUUGGUGCCGUCACGCGACUGCUGCCAGGUGAGUUGAGCAACACACUCAUGUUUGGUGCCGUCACGCGACUGCUGCCAGGUGAGUUGAGCAACACACUCAUGUUUGGUGCCGUCACGCGACUGCUGCCAGGUGAGUUGGGCAACACACUCAUGUUUGGUGCCGUCACGCGACUGCUGCCAGGUGAGUUGAGCAACACACUCAUGUUUGGUGCCGUCACGCGACUGCUGCCAGGUGAGUUGAGCAACACACUCAUGUUUGGUGCCGUCACGCGACUGCUGCCAGGUGAGUUGAGCAACACACUCAUGUUUGGUGCCGUCACGCGACUGCUGCCAGAAAAACCAGAGGCCGCCUUAAAGGAAAGUCCUGCCCCCGCCCUCAAAGUCCAUGGAGGCACCGCCACCACCGCCGCCUCGCCGUGUGUUUGCCAGACAAUUACAAAGAAAGACGACCUGCUUUGUAGUCCCGUUCUUCUCAUUCCACUGGCGGGCAGCUGCCUCAUUCUUCUUCUAAUCAUCCUCAUCCUCAUCCUCUACUGCAACCAGGUGAGGACCCGCAGGUGCCCACAUCAUUACAAGAGGAGGCCGCAGAAGACGGCAGCUGGAAAAAAGCAAGACGCGCGGCAGACUUGAUCGUCGGGUGAACUUCUUCCUACUAAAUGAUGUCAAGCAGACAGCUUUUCUGCAAAUGUGCGUCGACAUUUUGUUUGUCUUUUUGAAAAAAUUGUUCAUUUGAAAAACCCAAUCUGUAUUUAUCAGGAGUGUUCAAACAUUUCCACUUAAAUAGAAUUGAUGCAUAUUGUUUUCAAUGUGAGUAGUAUUUCUGUCACACAUUUCUUUGUUUUGUAUUUGCAUUGUGCCUUUAGUUGAGUGGCCUCUCAGUUUCUUUGGGACAUGCAAACCAAACAAUGCAAGCUCUUGUUUCCUUACAGCACCUCCCAAAAGGAGUAGAAAGAAGCUGAGUUGAUUUAUUUUGACCCUUUUUCAUACCGUAGCAAUUUUAUCCCAUGUCCUUGUUCUCUGUAAUGGAACAGUUAAUAAAUAAUAUGCCAUAGUUAGUAAACAAAUAUUAAAUAUAUAAAUAAUCUAUCUCCAAAAAAAAAAAAAGAUGUUGAUCAUAAUAUUUGUGAAGACUUGUAGUUUGAACACGCUCUUUAAGUGAAUUAUAUUUCAUUUCUGUGCUUAAUCCGGUCCAUCAUUUCAUUCACAUACGGAUAUGCUCAAUGUUUUAAGUGUUGGACGUGCAUACAAAUGUUUGAAAUGACAUCUUCCUCAAAGGUUAUACUUCUACUCUUUUGUUGAGAAGAAUUGUUGUAGUUCCGGCCCGCGAGUGAAUCAUUUUUGGCCCCCAGGGACCCCAUCACGUCAUAAAAAUGGGGUCCCAAAGUAAAUUUCUGGGGUCCACUUUUUUGUAAGCAUUUUUGUCUACAUUAUGUUGUGAUAACUCACAUUCUAUGUUGUGUUUUGGAAAAAGGUUGUCAAAAACCUUACUUCAUUCAAAAAGAAAAGCAAUUAUUUAUGCAAAUGUGAACAUGGUUUUCACUUCUAAACAUUCAUUGACUUUCUUCAUGGAUCUAAACUUGACCUCUGCCGCUAGUUUUUUCUUUAUUUUUAUUGUAAUGUUUUCAGAACGUGUUUGUUCUAUUUGUGGCCAAAGUAAGACAAAUAAAACAAUCUAAAGUUG